UACUAGUGGAGGUUCUUUCAAAUAUGUGAAACAACUAUCCAAUCAGACCGGUCUCGUAGUCAGCUAGCGCGAGGCUGUGUAUGCUACUCAGCUGUUAAAGGGAAGGACGUCGGAUCGUGUGACUGACUGCGCUCAAACAAACACAGGAGCUGGUGGAAGAGAUAUUCUGGUGGUGCAAGAGAACAUCCACCAUUUUUCAGAAUGGCCAAAGGUGACGCUCGUAAGCCGAAGGGCAAAAUGUCUGCCUAUGCCUACUUUGUUCAAACCUGCCGAGAAGAACACAAAAAUAAGAAUCCAGAGAUCCCAGUCAACUUUUCAGAGUUUUCUAAGAAGUGCUCUGGAAGAUGGAAGACUAUGUCUCCAAAGGAGAAGUCAAAGUUUGAGGACCAGGCAAAGCAGGACAAAGCUCGCUAUGAUUCAGAAAUGACGAGCUAUGGUCCUCCUGGGAAAAGGGGCAAGAAGGCACUGAAGGAUCCUAACGCGCCAAAGAGACCUCAAUCUGGAUUCUUUGUUUUCUGUGCUGAGCAGCGCCCCAAGAUCAAAGCCCAACACCCAAGCUUUGGCAUUGGGGAUGUGGCCAAGAAGCUUGGUGAGAUGUGGAACAACUUGACCGACUCCAAUAAGCAGCCAUAUCUUGCCAAAGCCAACAAACUCAAGGAAAAAUACCAAAAGGAUGUGGCAGAUUACAAAGGAGGAAAAGUGGGUGGGGCAGGAGCCUCUAAAUCAAAGAAGGCUGAAGAUGAUGAUGAGGACGAUGAUGAUGAGGACGACGAUGAUGAGGACGAGGAUGAGGAUGAGGAGGAUGAUUAAUCAUCUUUGACAAAUUAGAAAAUGGUAUUGUGUUUGGAUAAGACACUGGCUGGUGAGCAGACUCAUCUGUAGGGUUCAAUUGUCCUAGACCAAAACAUCAAAUUGGUUUGAAACUAUUUUCUCCCUGUAGUUACUUUGUUUGUCCUUUGGGUCUUUAACACUGUGCUCUAUCAGUGUUCUCCUUAUCCCAUCUGUUUUUCUCAGUUGAACAAGCCUAUUUAAAGCAAUGGCAUAAGAGUUCAUACCCUUUAACUCCUAAAAGAUGUGUAAGGUGGCGUGUGUGUGCUACCAUAUGGCUAUUGAAAUAGAUUUUAUUUAAUUGUUCUAUUUUAUUGGGAUGUUCAUUUCAAGGAAUUGUAAGUUUGUUUAAGGGACUUAAACCAGUGUUUAUCUGUAUCUAGACACACAAUCCAUAGACUUCAGGCAGAUGUCCAGUCUGACAACCAGGUAUUUAACAUUGCCCUGACCUAUUAUAACAAACACCUGUGGUUGAAGCAGGGCUGAUCCAUGUCACUUUGUAAUGGCUGAAAGGAAUGACUUAGUUUUUUUUUCUUUUCAUUUGGUUAAGUGGAAUGACUUUUUAGAUGUGAGGAUGUCUCCCUCUUGACUGACAUUGACACUACAUCUGGAUGAGUUUCUUUGCACCUGCAAUUUUGUUUUGUAUGUUUAGGAUACCUCUGGUUUAAAAUAAAUAACUACAUUUUUACGUUC